AUUGUGUUUUCAUGUCACAAGUGUUCCUAUAACUUAUUUGUUUACAUUGGAUUGCGGUCUUGUGAACAAUAUUAUCAUCGUUAUUACUAUUAUCGUUUUACUUUUUGUUAUCGGCAGAGUCAGCAUCAUACUUAGGGCAUUUGACCUAGAGUCUAGAAUGAGUUAAAAACGCACAGCUCACGGUCACCGCUCGCAAAGCAGUGUUAUAAGAGCUCGCUGUAUAUAGCAACGAUGAGCCUCUUCAACGCAUAAGUAUGAUUGAAUGACGAUGGCUACCUUACGCGUCAUACUGUUUCUCUUCUUGAUGAAGUCAUUACCAUUCUAUUGUUUCUGUUAUUCCUACUGUGACCUUGAAGGUGGCAACAAGUAUCCAUACGAGAGCAGUGCAGCAGAUGAUACGAGUGUCGCCGAUUCAUAUGAUGGAUUCACUUCAGAAAUCACGAUUUGUCCAGACGAUAACUGCUUUUCGUAUUCAGUACUGAUCGACCAAUGUGACACAAACUCAAGCUUUUCUCCUGGAUUUUACUGCUAUUGUGAUAUCGAAUGCGAACAUUUUGAUGAUUGUUGUUACGGCUUUACGAAUGAAAAUGCAUCUGUCAUGGCAACAGAUGGCAUGCUGAAGCCAGAGCUGCAAUACUGGAGUUGUACCACUUUCACGCUUGGUAUUGAAAGAAAGUCGGCUUGCCUCAACAAUUUCCUUGUGGUAGACAAGUGUCCAUCUUCUGCUGGGAUAGAUCAAGACUUGGUAGAGAGAUGUGAGAACCCAAUGGCGAAUGACACGGUCUUCUUUGACUAUCAAGAUAUCUUCUACCGCAACAGGCAUUGCGCCCUCUGUCACGGUGUGGACCCAUCGGAACUCACCCCUUAUAUCAUGUUUACACCUUGUUUGGACAACAGAGAAGAGUUCCAUCUUUGUGGGCAGAGACCAUUUUUAGUUAAUGGAAGUUCCCCUCCACCUGUUCGGUGGUGUGUACCAGAUAUCAUAUCUCACUGUGAAUCAGAAACAGGGACAGAGGUGGCCUGUUGGAACGAAACAGCAAGAGUAAUGAUAAAUGGUAGUAUUUACAAAAACGUCGAAUGUGCAGAAUGUAACGGAAUGACUGUUAAAAACCGUUCCAGCCUUAUUAGCAAUUGUGAACACAUUACAACGGGCCAACUUAUUCUUACAUCACGUGAUUAUAUCGCUCCUGUAUUUCAAAUUUCGUACUUCUACCCACAACUUCAAUGCAUGAAUGGUCUUCGGUUGUCUGGUACUGAAUGUGUUCCGGAAGUCACGUCUUGGCCUGAUUGCACCAACAGACAAAUAAACCUCGGCAUCAUCACCAACGGGUCCUUGCAGUGCUUUGAUGGUUUCGAGCUUCUAAAGAUCCAGGCAUACAGAAACAAUCCCAAUGAAACUAUCUACAACCUAGAAAUAUCAGAUUCCGGCUUCGGUAAAAUAAGCUACAUGGAGUUUUCGGCCAAGAACCUGGCACAGAAGACCCAACUGGAAAACUUCACAGAGAGCAAACUUGAUGAGAAGUGGAAUAAAUGCUGUCAGGACAACCUCAUCAUAAUUGAUGAAACCUGUGACAUUGAACGGAAUUUAUUUACUCGCAAUGAUUCCAAUUUAACCUGGAUUUCUGACGACAUUAACCUCUUUGAACCUGUGAUCAUCAAUGGAACAAUUUAUAUUUUGUAUAACCAGACCACGUUUGUGAUGCCAUUGAGAUGGGAAAAUGACACCUAUUACAGGCGUCUUUCAAAAGAGUGGAAGUUCACGAAAGAACAAUUAUUCACAAUUUACGGGCAGAUUAUUGACGUCGACACUUGCGCGUACAUCAUUGUUCAAACUUCUCUUCUCACUGAAACUGAGAAAGACAAUGUUACAUACGUGAUCUACCAGGAAACCUUCUUUCCACCAGAGAGCUAUGUCCGUUACAGGAAUGGCUCUGUCCGCCUAUGCUGGACUGGACCCGACCCUCCAGAACCCAUCAGCAUGUUCGCGUAUACCAAGGGCCAGUAUAUUUUGAAUAUUAUAUUAUUCACACUGUCCUCCAUCUGUCUCCUGGCAACGUUAAUCACCUACGGAAUAUUUAAGGAACUGAGGAACCUCCAAGGUGUUGCCAUCAUGAACUUUGUUUCGGCCCUCCUUGUUGGUCAGGUGAUGCUUCAGUUUGUCGCUCCCAAUAUGAUAGCCUUCUCAGUCGCCGUGUGCUCAGGAGCAGCGAUUGUAACACAUUACUGUCUUCUUGCGGUUUUCACUUGGACGAACAUCUUGGCGUGGGAUCUUGUUCGUCACUUUGCAUCUUCGUCCUUUUUACCAAAGAGACACAGAGAGACAAGACGGAUGACUGUUUACCUUACCAUUGGUUGGAGUCUUCCUCUCAUCAUCAUCGUUCCAUGUCUGAUCAUCCAGAGUCAGAACUCAUCGAUGUUCCGGUACGGCAAGAUCGGAUCAUCUUGCUGGAUCUACCAAGCGAAGGGUAUCGUGUUGACCUUCUUGGUACCGGUUGCCGUUAGCUUUCUUCUCAACGUCGUUCUCUUCUUGUUAACUGCUUACGGUGUUCACAAGAGCAAACGUGAUUCUAGUGUACUCCACAAAAGUGCCCGAGAGCGAAGAAUGCAACUCUUCCAAGAACUCUUAGUCCACUUCAAGAUAUCUUGCCUGCUAGGCUUUGGAUGGUCAUUUGGUUUCAUAGGUGCCUUUGCAAAGGUCGCUGCUGUUUGGACAAUCUUCAUCAUAACCAGCGCUCUGCAGGGAAUUUUCGUUUUUGUCUUCUUCGCCGCCAAUGGCCGUGUCAGGGAACUCUGGAGAAAGAGAUUCCUUGAUACCAAGUCGGUAGGAGGGAGUACUAGUAACCCAGGUACAAAAUCUACGGGAAUGGGUAGGACGAGUGAAGAUUCGAAAGACGCGGAGAGAGAAAAACUAACGUGGUCGGGUUCGGCCUCGUCUGCUACCAAGGUGUAACACCUUAAUCUGUGUAUCUUCCACAUUGGACAAUAUAAUGAUUAACUACUUACAAGUACUAAUAUUCCGGGGAUAAUCAUGAUGAGUUGCACCUUAGAAUCUCCGUGAUGACCGCGUGUCUACAGUUUGUGUCAUAAUUGUUUGAACGUCUAUAAUACCUUGCCAGAGUUCCGUUAUCCCCCAAAUACGAUUCAAAUAUUAUGAUGUACUGUACUCGUGAUUUUAGAAAAAAAAAAUUGCCAAGUGGGUAAAAAGGGUGAAUUAAUUUUGUUGAAAGUAUAAAGACUUUCUUUCUGACAGAAUAUAUCUUCUUGGACUACAUAUUCAAUGUUUUUUAACGAAAUGGAAGACAUUGACCAUAUACAAAA